AUGCAUCUAUUGGCUUGUUUGAGCCUCUUGUUUGGCAUUUUUGAAGGAGUGAGCACUUCUUGUCCUUCGCAAUGCAACUGUGAUUCCCUCAGCAGAAGUGAUGAUACCGGCACAAGGUUGGUGUUGUGCAAUGACCCAGAUAUGUAUGAGAUUCCUACGAAUGUUCCUGUAGACACAAUGAAGCUCCGAAUAGAAAAAACUGUCAUACGCAGGAUCCCCACUGAGGCCUUCUACUACCUGGUAGAACUCAAGUACCUCUGGGUGACUUAUAACUCUGUGGCCAGCAUUGACACCAGCAGCUUUUAUAACCUGAAGCAUCUGCAUGAAUUGCGCUUGGAUGGCAAUUUGCUGACUGCUUUCCCCUGGGAAUCUUUGCUGGAGAUGCCCACUUUACGAACUCUGGAUUUACACAACAACAGAAUAACUAAUGUGCCAGCUGAGGCUACCAGGUACCUGAAGAAUCUUGCCUACUUGGAUAUAUCAAGCAAUAGACUCACCACUUUGCCUCCUGACCUUUUGGACUCCUGGACACAUUUCUCAAAAGAUUUAAUAUCUAGAGGCAUGGACUUCCCACCAUCAAGAAUCAUAUUAGGUUUGCAGGAUAAUCCAUGGUUCUGUGAUUGCCACAUUUCCAAAGUGAUGGAAUUGUCAAAAAUUUUAGACCCCACUGUGGUGCUUCUGGAUCCUUUACUGGUCUGUAGUGGACCAGAGAGCCUCACAGGGAUCUUGUUUCAAGGAGCUGAGCUGGAACAAUGCCUGAAGCCAUCAGUGAUGACCUCUGCCACCAAAAUCACAUCAGCUCUAGGAAGCAAUGUUCUUUUGCGUUGUGAUACCACAGGGUACCCCACACCACAGCUCAUUUGGACCAGGGCAGACAACUUGCCAGUUAACUCUACAGUAAUUCAGGAAACCCCAGGAGAUGGAGUCAGAUGGUCCAUAAUAAGCUUGACUGGAAUUUCUUACAAGGAUGCAGGUGAUUAUAGCUGCAAGGCCAAAAAUCUGGCUGGCACAUCAGAAGCUAUUGUUAGUGUUACUGUGGUUGGCACUGUUACCACAACCAUACCCCCUCAAAAAUCAGGAAAGAAAGUUGGAGGUGAUCAGCUUCUGGAAGAAGCCAUGCAUGCAACUGAAAAGACUACAUUCAGAACUACAUCCCCAUCCUCUUUAUCAUCAUCAUCAUCAUCAUCUUCUUCUUCUUCUUCUUCUUCUUCUUCUUCUUCUUCUUCUUCUUCUUCUUUUCUUCCUCCUCCUUCUUCUUCCUCUUCCUCCUCUUUCUCUUCAUCCUCUUUUUCCAUCAUCACUUCUACCACUAUACCUAUCACCACUGAAAUAUCAGCAGAUACUAGUAUGACCAACAAAAAGCCUCCCAAGUCUUUUCCAAAUGGAAAAAGGAAUUCAAAAGUGAUGAUGAAUGGAGGCAAAUUUCCACCAGCCAGUGCCAAAAAGAAAGAAGUGUCAUUAUUGAGCACUGCAGCCAUCACUGAGCCUGGAAUCAUAAUAAAAAACCUCAAAGUAGUUAAUGAGACCUAUGAAAGUGCGACCUUGACCUGGAAGGCUAUUAAUGCCACAAAGAGCACUGCUAUUACUGUGCUGUAUUCCAGGUAUGGUGACGAGGACAUGAUCCCACUAAGCAUUGACUCCAGUGAAACACAAAUUACAAUAGAUAGUUUGGAGGCUGGUAAGCAGUAUGUGGCUUGUGUCUGUCCCAAAGGAAUCCCUCCUAAAAUGGAGCAAUGUAUCACCUUCUCCACUGAUAGGAUGAAUGGAAAGGUAAACUCUCAAAUCUCUUUUCUUAUUGUGGCAAGUAGUGCUGCUUGUAUGGUUGUUUUGCCACUGAUUUUCUAUCUGUUGUACAAAGUUCUUAGAUUUCAGUACAAGCCAAAGGCUAUCAGGGACGAUGAUCUAGCAAAAGAGACUUAUAUACAGUUUGAAACUCUAUCUCUCAAACCCUAUCCUGCACAGGAGCUCUGGACUCGAAGACGUAUAGAUGAAUCAGAAAGAUUAUUGCUUUGUUCUAGGUCAAGUGUAGACUCUCCUAUGAUCUUCAACAAUGAGGGUUUAAGUUCAGAAUACUAUUGCUAAUAAUUUUCUAUAAAGUGACAUAGGGGUUGGAUAACUGGAUAGGACUGACCUUUUCUUGGAUGGACUGUGGGCUUAGCUAUAAAAUGCCAACAUUUUAGUCUCUGCAUCUUCUAAAAACAACAACAACAGAACCUAUGGAGUGUGAGAAGGUUUAAUGUGGUUAUUUUUUUUAAUGCCACAAGAUUUCAAAACUGAAAGAAUUUCUAGAGAUCUUAGAUGAAUUUUGUAUGUUUUGGGAGUGGGUCUUUAGUACUAUUUUGUUAUUUGGUGUUUUUUUAGUUUAUUUGAAAAAAAUAAUUUCAUGGCAAUAUUGCAUAUGUACAUGCUGUGUAAAGUGGAUUUAUUAAACCAUU